UAAUUUGUACUGCCGCCUCGUAUUGGCUGCUUCGUUCGUUUCUCUUGUCCUCCCUAAUGUCUAGGACGCAAUGUGUAGUUCCGCCUUGAAAGCGUGACAUCGAAAUAGUAAUACUUGUUGGAAUAGGAAAGGAAUUAGGCAAAGAGAAGGUGCGGUUUAAACACCGGUAUUUAAACAAAUCUAUCCCGGAGGAUUUGACGCGGAUCGAACGGAUACGUCUUCAACCCAAACGUGUUGAGUAGAGUGACCAGACAGGAAGAUGGAUGAGCUACAGGAUGUGCAGCUGACUGAGAUCAAGCCCUUGCUGACCAAUAAGAAUUCACGUAACUUCCAGGACUUUGACUGCCAGAAGAGGAGGAAAACCGUUACAGAACUACCCACCACCAAAGGACCAAGCAGUGUGGUAACCUGGAGCAGAGGGUUCUGGACUCCUGGACUUGGGAGGAGAUACUGGAAGGAGCAUGAUAUCGAGACUACCCAUGGUGUGCUCCAUGUGACCAUGAGGGGCGUUCCCAAGGGCAACCGGCCAGUCAUCCUCACCUACCAUGACAUCGGCCUCAACCAUAAGUCAUGCUUCAACACGCUGUUUAACUUUGAGGACAUGCUGGAGAUCACGCAGCACUUUGCUGUGGUCCAUGUGGACGCCCCUGGACAGCAGGAGGCGGCACCACCCUUCCCCACAGGGUACCAGUACCCUACUAUGGAUGAACUGUCUGAGAUGCUGCCCUCGGUUAUGACUCAGCUCAAGGUGAACAGUGUGAUUGGGAUUGGCGUGGGAGCAGGAGCCUACAUCCUAUCCAGGUUUGCAUUGAACAACCCUACUCUGGUAGAGGGCCUGGUUCUGAUCAACGUGGAUCCAUGUGCCGAGGGAUGGAUCGACUGGGCUGCCUCCAAGCUCUCUGGGUGGACCAGUAACAUUGUGGACACGGUGAUGGCUCAUCACUUCAGCACUGAUGAGCUGACAGACAACCAGGAGCUGGUCCAGACCUACCGCCUUCACAUCGCCCAGGACAUCAAUCAGGACAACCUGGCCCUCUUCUGUGCCUCCUACAACGGGUACGCUGGGCAGGAGUGGAGAGGGGGCAGAGAUUCACUCCUGCCCACCAUAGUCGUUGGCUCUACUACUGGCUGGACGAAUGUGGCUUUUAACCUUGUCUUUUUUUUCUUCUUUUACAAUAACAGUCGUCGGGAUCUGGAAAUCGAGAGGCCAGUCAUUGGUCUUAAUGAGGACACAGUGAACACACUGACGUGCCCUUCUCUGUUGGUGGUUGGAGACACAUCUCCUGCAGUGGAGGCAGUGGUGGAGUGCAAUUCCAGGUUAAAUCCAACCAAGACUACACUGUUUAAGAUGGCUGAUUGUGGAGGCUUACCUCAGGUUGUGCAGCCAGGGAAACUGGCAGAGGCCUUCAAGUACUUUGUUCAGGGUAUGGGUUAUAUUCCCUACGUUCUUCUCAGUCACCUGAGCAACGAAUCAGUGCCCACGGCUGGAAUGACUCGUCUGGCCCGAUCCCGCACCACCUCCUCUACCAGCAUCACCUCCAUGGACAGCAGCCGCAGCCGCAACAUCAACAACCUGCUGGAAGGAGCCAACACCACCGGGGGUCUGGACAACCAGCCUGGGCCCCAGACCAUGGAGGUCUCCUGCUAAACCUCCCUAUCUCUUCCUCACUCCACACUGGGUAGCAGCCCUCAGUGGUGCCCCUAUCCUCCUCCAGUAACUUAUGUCUCCCUGUCUCUCUCUCCAACCCUGCUCCUAAAUUACUCAAUCCCAGGGGGUUAUGUGAUGAAUUGUGUGAUUAAUAUGAGAAUAUAUAUACAAAUGCAUAUUAAAUAUUAUACUGUAUACACGUCAAACUUCCAGUCACAAGCGGAGGGGACAAAAUAAAGAAUGAGUCAGAUAUACAUAUACUGUAUACGCAAAGGGUCUAGAGAUGGUACGAUCCCCCACCUUUCAUUUGAUACGUGUGCAUGUCUCCUUGUGCAAAGUGAAUCUGGAGACUUACUCUUCCAGAUUCAAUUACUAUAUGUCCCUCCUCUUAUUUUGUUUUUCCCAUUAUUGCCUUUCACGUAUUUUAUUUAUUUGGUUCACCAUGUGUCUGUGUGUAGAGGAUUGGUUCCUGCGUCACAGGAGGGGUUGAAGAGUCCCAUCUCUCACAUCCACUGUAGCCCAAACACACACUCCCUCCUCAGUCCUUCUCUAUUCCUCUUAUCUAGAACACAAUUACACUAAAUACCUACAUUCAUUGCACAUAUUUAGACCACUUUUUUAAUUGAUAUUUUUUACGUUGUGAACUGUGAACACACGCCUCCUUUGAUUGUGUGGCAAAGUGUAGAUGUGUGAUAUACUGUACUGUACCUUGCUGCAUUGCUCUGUUCUGCCGAGUCACUCCAUUCACACUGUAGAAUGAUCACUCAAGCUGGGUACAAAACAAAAUAUUCAUGAUUUUCAAUACAUUUCUCUGCAUUGUGUUCUUUUCCCAGGUGUAUGUGACAAAAAAAAACACAUUAACAAAUAUAUAGUGGCCCAAUUCACAGAAUGAAUGCACUGUAUUUUGGUUGGACUAGGACAUUAUACUUGCUUUUUAGGAGGAAUAUGGAAAAGCAUAAAGAAAGGCAAUAGGAAAGAACUGUGGGCCAAUGUGUGUAGAUUAAAUGCUCCUUUCAUCUGUUUGUUUUAAAAAUGCUUUUUCUUUGUAAUUGAUGUCAUCUUUUUCUGUUUGACACUUUUGUAGUUUUUUUAGUCUGUUGACUCAUCUCUUGAGUAGACAUAGACAAUGAAUAACAACUUCAGCCUGUUAUGAUGUGGAAAUGUGUUCAGUCUUCACUGAGGGUCAGUGGUGCUUCCCACUGUCUGCUGAUUCAACUCAUUUAUACUACUGUACUACUAAAUAAAGCUAGAAGAUGAAAAAUA